AUGACUGCCAUCAAGUAUCUCGUCUGUGUCGCCAGCAUCGCUGCGCAGCACUUCGCCUCGGCUCGAGUCAUUACAAAGAAUGACCGCAGAAGCGAGGAUGUGUUUGUCCCUGUCGGCGUCGCGGUUGGAUCUGCCCCUCAGGUCCAGACCGAGGCGUACGCGCCCUUCACGCUCGACGAGACUAACCCCGUGGCCACGCUCGACUACGGCGGCGAGAGCGCGGGAUACCCCUUCUUCGAGGUGUCCUCGCUCACCGGGGCGGCGCAGGUCGAGGUGAAGUACACCGAGGAGUUUGAUGGGCUCAACCAGCCGUUCAGCGACGGGCCCUUCUCGUUCAGCAACCAGCUCGGCAACACUUUCCGCGUGGAGACGUUCAACUUUACCUCGGCGGGUAGGCUCGUGGCCCCGCUGCUCCAGGGCGGGCAGAGGUGGGAGUCGCUCCGCCUGCUGACGCCGGGCUCCGUCUCGUUCUCCGCCGCCGGUUUCGAGGCUACGGUCGACACCGUUCUGCCGGGCGAUCUUCCCGGGCAGUUCAGCAGCGAUGACGAGGUCCUGAACGACAUCUGGAAGCUCGGUGCCAGGGCGGCCACGGCAGCUUGUGUCGACAAGGGCUCGCAGAAGGCGAUCUGGGAGGUCGACGCCGAGAAGGGCGUGUUGGCGAGGAAUUCGCGCCCGUCUUUGACGGCGGAAGCCACGGCCUGGGGCAACUACACACUCGAGUUCGACACUUUGAUCCAGAAGGGCGGCAGCUGGUGGUCAGUUGCACAACCCAUCAAGGGUAACGGGUACACCUUGCUCCUGACCGGAGAGCUUCCAGAGGCGACCCGGUUCGCGAACACGAACACUUCCCUGACGCCACCGAACACUAUCUCACUGGCAUUUGGCGUCGAUUUUGUCAACCAGACAACACUUGCUACCUGGGUGCUGGACGUCUUUGAGGUUCCAUUCGCCGUGCAGGAGAACAAAUGGUACCACAUCACUACCUCGUUAUCACCAAGCGGAUACCUCGCCGUCUCGAUAGACGACACCCAAAUCUUCAACGUCUCCCGGGCUGCCUACCCCCUCGCCACGGGAGCCUUCUCAGGCUCCUUCGGCUUCGGCGCCUACCAGGACCAGGCAGCCUACUUCAGGAACGCCGCGGUCCACGACACCGCCAACGGCACCUCCCUCUACGAGAACGCCCUCACGAGCGACACCGUCCUGGCCGAGUACGGCACCGCGGAGCUGGCCGGGAGCGUGUGCCUCGACGGGCCGAAGCGCGACCGGCUCGUGUGGCUGGGCGACUUCUACCACACUGCCCGCAUCCUGGCCGCGAGCACGUCGCGCGUCGACCACUCGCGGGGGACGCUGCAGUUCCUGCUCGACUCGCAGGUCGCCAACGGCCAGCUCGACAUCUCGCCCAACCUCGGCUACGACGUCAAGGCCUCCGCUGCCGCCAUGGCCGCUCCGGCGGGCAGCUUCGGCCUGCCUGAUUACCAGAUCCUGGGGCUCAUCUCGUUCAGCGACCAUGUGCGCCUGCACAACGAUGUUGAGUGGGCGAAGGAGACGUGGGAGGGCUGGCAGAAGAACAUUGACUGGCUCCUAGCAACGUACGACACCACCGGGCUCAUCACACUCCCCAGCCCAUUCGCCUUCAUCGGAGGGCCGGACGCCGGGUCGCCCGUCUCGUGCGCCGCGGUCCAGGCCCUGCGUGGGGCGGCGGACGUAGCCACCGCGAUAGGCGACUCCGAAUCAGCAGAGCGCUACACGACGGUCGCCUCGUCACUAUCCGACGCUAUCAACGAGAAGUUGUGGAACGACGACAUCGGGGCGUACUCCCUCAACAUCUACAACGCCACCGAAAUCUCGGUCCCGGGGACGGCCUUCUGUAUUACCUCCGGCGUCGCCUCGGCAGACCAGACAACCCGCUCCAUCUCGGCCCUGUCGGCCCUGCGCCUCGGCCCGGGCUACAAGGACACCUCGGCCGUGUCAUCGUCCGACCCGGCCGUCAACAUCUCGCCCAACACGAACGGCUUCCUCCUCUCGGCCCUAUUCCAAGGUAACGCGACCGCCGAGGCGGGCGAGCUGCUCAGGGGCCUCUGGGGGCCCAUGGUCGCGGACCCCGAGACCGACGUCGGCGCCAGCUGGGAGUACGUCAACUCGGCGACGCUGGCGCCCGGGCUGGGCCUCUUCACGAGCCUCAGCCACCCCUGGGGCGGCGCCCCGACGUACGUGCUGACCGAGUGGGCGGCGGGCCUGCGGCCCGCGGCGGGGGUGGGCGGGUUUGGCUACAGGUCGUGGGUCCUCGCGCCCGGGUCUGGGGCGCGGCUCGGGCUCAACGAGGCGAGCGCGACGGUCGUCACGCCGUUUGGGGACCUGAGUGUCGACUGGAAGGUUGAGGGGCAGAAGGUCUCGGCCACGGUCCAUGCGCCGGUCGACACGAGCGGCAGCUUUGUCUACGGCGACCAGGCCGUGGCGCUGAGUGGAAACUCCACGUAUCAGCUGUCUGUAGAUAUUUGA